UCACUUAUCGUAUAUACUAAAAUUGUGAAUGUUGUGGACUUAUUACAUUGCGGGUGUUCCAGAUGGCGAGUGGGGGAGGGCAGUAUAUGCGGAGUGCGCCGCUGAGACGACUGCGCCACCCUCUGGACGAGAGCCCCGUGUGGUCACUGCUAGGGUCGGCCCUAGGAGCGCUGGUAGCUCUGCUGGUAGGGCUGCCUGUGCUGCUGGUGUUGGCUGUCCUGCUCCCCUUCACGCUCGCGGCGAGAUGGUUCCUGUUGCUGCUCUACUGGAACAGGCGCAGACCUCUCAUCUCGGCUGAUAUUGGCGGGGGUGCUGAGUCCAUGCGCGGCAACGACUGCAGGUGGCUGGGCGCAGCAUGGCGCUGCUCCGUGCUCCACGCCGUCCUAGUGUUCGACGGCAGAGUGGAGCUGCCCACACUGCAGCAGCUGCUUCUAUCCCGCGUGUUACCCGCCUACCCGCGCCUCACACACCGGCUACACAAGCUGCCCCUCACGGCCGGCGCGGGACACUGCUGGCUGCCUGACCCCCACUUCGACAUCGACAAGCACGUCUUCCACGGCCCCUGUCUGCCCACAGACCUGCAGCUGCAGACGUACGUCUCAGAGCUGCUGAGUGAGGGUCUCCUGACAGACAAACCCCCGUGGGAGCUACAGGUGCUGCACGCCGCAGGCCGACAAGGGACCACUACUAUACUGCGGGUACACCAGUCUGUGGCAGACGGGCCCGCUCUGGUCACGAUGCUGUGCCGCUGCCUCGCAGACACCAAAGUGAUGCCACGCAUUCCGAGCAGGAGCGAACAGCCCGUGGGGUUCUACUGUAAGGUGUUGCGCUCCUGCCUGUUCGGCCCACUGACGGUGUUCCUGUGGUUGUUGAUGUCUGCACGGGACUACAACCUGCUGACUCAGCGAGCCAACUGGUCCGGCCAGAUGUCCGUCAGUUGGUCAGCUUCCAUCACUCUCGCUAAGGUCACCAGGGUCAAGCAGGUCACCAGAUCGACGGUCAACUGUGUCCUGUUGUCUGCGCUGGCCGGGGCACUACGUGUCCUACUCCAGAGCUGUGGUGUCCGGCAGCCGCCUGAUCUCAGGGUUGUGCUGCCGGUGGACCUGAGGACGAGUGCGGACUGCUCGGACACUCGGCUGGGCAGCCAGAUGGCACCUGUUGUAGUCUCACUGCCGGUGGGGGUGGAAGGAGCGGUCCCCCGGCUCUGGAGUACCCGGCGCGCUCUCAGGGCCCUCAGGCAGUCAAGUGAUGCGCUCGUGGUGUACCUCGCUACAGCAGCCCUCAUGAGCCUCAUGCCUUCUCAGUCUGCAAGGAGCAUCCUCUCCGCCUUCACUGAGCAGAAGGCGAGUCUACAGUUCAGUUCGCUGGUGGGACCGUCAGCAGCAGUGCUGGUGGGAGGAUGUCCACUCAAGAGUGUUUACUCUCUGCUACCAGCCCAAUCAGGCCUCAGCAUGGCAGUGUCCGUGCUGACGUAUGCUGACCAGGUGUUCGUGGCUGUUGCUACAGACAGCAGUCUGGAGCCGGCAGGGACCAUGAUUCUAAGCCAUCUUCAAGCUCAGGUGGAGCUGAUGUACACCCUGCUCAAGAAUAGGAGGGUGCCGGGAGAGGCCAAGUCUGACACCAUGUUGUACCGCUUCCCAGACGUUACUAGGUCACCAGUUCGUGAGCUGGCUAGUCGACUGUCGCUGGUACAAGGCGAGGUGGAGAGGCUGAGUCGCUCUCACAGUGAUGCGACCACACACGAGACUGAGCGAUUACACAGGCUCAGAGCAGAGUUCUCUCAUCUGCUUCGAGAGUUGCGCAAGAGGAAGUCUCUCAGUGAGAUGGAACCUUGGGACGUUCAAUGGAGGUCCCGUCGACGCGCGAUGUCCUGUUCUUUCUCCCGCCGCCCCAGCAUGUCCGUGGUGAGUCUAUUGUCGACGGCGCGACCCGCUAGCGUCAUCGAGACCUCCAACCACGUGGUGUCACCUCUGCCACACCAUCUACCGCGUUACACACCACCCGCCCCUCCACUCCACUCCACCCUGGCCUUCACCGACAGCGACGGUCCUUCCACCUCCCACACAAGUGUCUUCAAUGUCAAUUAUCAGUCGGAUUCUUCCACGCCUUCUCUCUCUUCACCGCCGAGUGCCCCCAAAUACUACCAACGCCUGUCGGAGUACAGCGACAGCGGACAGGUGUGUGGAGGUCUGUACGACGAGAUCCUGCAGGCUCUGGAGAGCAGCGAGAUGCUCUACGACGCGGAUAGGAGGCGCUGCAACGGAACGGCCUUCAGGGACCAUAUCGAGAGCAACUUUGCACACGCCGAAAUUAGGUGUAAAAGUAGAUCUAACUUGAGGAAAUACAAAAGUCGAACUAUGAACUCUGUUUAUGAGAAGAGCUGGAGUCACCGGUGGCGGAGACCGGAGCUGGGCGACAUCGCGGAACGGAAGCCGAGGAUCUCCCGCUCCUGUAACCACCUCAACGGCCGCCUCUUGCAGAACACUGACUACGAAGUGGCGAUCGAAUCGCUAUCAGAUUUUGCGACAAAGAUACGUAGAUUAAGUUUAGAGAACACGAUGGUGGACAAGCCUCACAGGAACGCCGGGUAUAGUUGGGACGUCGGGAACUCGUUUUACCAACCAAAGAAGGCCGUGGACAGGUCGAGAAGACAUUCCACGAUUCCCAAGCAGCAGUGUGAAGAAUGUACAGUUUCUCUCCACCACAGCAUAUACGAGUUCGUUGGCUUUUCCGGUGGAGACACUCCCUUGGACCCAACAGUGUGGAGAAUAUUUAAAUUUCAUGUAAAACUGGUGAAAUGUAACAAUAUAACUGGUUUGUUCAAUUAACUUUAUUCCACAAAAAAUUCGUGAAUUCCUAAAAUGAUCACCGGGUGAAGGAUGUAAACUUAGGAGCAACAUUAUGAUGUGAAUAGAUUCUGAAACGUAAUACAAGUUUUAAUAAUUUAUUUAUUUAACCAAAGGCAAUGCCUUUUUAAGUAAUACAUAUACACACAGUGAAACAAUAAAAUUAUAUCUAAAAUAUGAGACUAGACUAACAAAUGUGAAAAAAACAUGAGAUCCUCACAUUCAUCAACUGCAGAUACAUAAUUUGUAUCUAGCAGAUAAGAGUCUAAAAAGAAAAAAAAACAUUAAAUAAACUAUGGAUAAAUAACAAUAAAUAGCAUAACAAUACUAAAUAGGAUAAUAAAAAUAGACUGCAUAGUAACAAUAAACAGCAUAAUAACAAAUAAAUAUGAAUGUGACUGUAACAAUAAUAAUAAUUUUAAACUUUAUCAUUAGAACUGCAAUAUUGUUAUUUAAGUAACUAAAUAGCAAUAACAAAAAUAAAUAGGCAGUAAGCAUAACAUCAACAAUAGUAAUGCAAAAAUAGUGCAAACCAAAAUAUUUUACAGGAAUCCAGAGAGGGAAAGAGAAAAAGGGAUUCUACUGACCUAAAUGUACGACCCAACAUAAAAAAAAAUUCAUAAAUUUCUUCUACGGUCAAUUAAAAAUAUGAUCUACAUUUUGCAAAGAUUCGAUUAGUAAGUUAGUAUACUUACUUUUUUCUUAAGGCUAAACUAGGUAAAUUUUGUUAGGGAAAUUAUUUAGUUUAGUUCACAUAUAAAGAAAAUUCUUUUGGGAGCUACUACAGAGCAGUGGCUGGACACUAUUUCGAGUGUUAUACAGAUGUAUGUGGCUGUUUAAGUAUAGUGUUCAUUGAUUAAACUAAAUAAUAUAUACAAAUAAAAUAAACUCAAUACUCCUAGCAUAGAGAAUAAUGGUUUACAAUGAGCCUGAUUACCUACAUUACAUAUAAUUCUAAUAGCCUUUUUCUGUUAUAUAUUAAUUUAUUAGUGCAGGGACACGAACUAAUACACACUGUUUGUAACUAUUAUUCAAAAUCUUUAUUUUCUUACAUGCAGUAAUUUUUUUAAAUGUUGGUUAUUGUUUAAUUUUAAUACCUGCAUGAAUGCUUAGUUUUAUUUAUAUUUUUAGUACAUGACCUGAUGGACAUUUAUUGGUGCACUCUACUCUAAUUAUUGUACGCAGCUAAGUUUUGUAGUUGAAUGUUGUUUUCACUAGACGUAGCCCAUUACAAUUUGUAGAUCAGCUGAAUAAAUCAUUUGCAAUAUAAAAAGCUUACAAGACCACACACUAAAACCCUGUAAUAAGAUUCUGUAAAAAGUAAGCUUUGAAUUUAAGAGCAAUAUACCUUACUAAUACAGAGGAUUCUACAAAAUGUUUUAAACGUCUCAACAUCAACAACCCUUUCGCGCUAAUACCAACUAAGAUUGUAAUCGAAGACUAGCGUAAGAAUUUUAGUGGUUCAUUAUCAUUAUUUAAUUUAGGCUACAUAACGUCUAUUGUUACUAGCAAACCAAUAAUUCAAAAGUAGAGAACUUGUUAUUAAUAGCCUACUAAUUAAUUAGAGUCCAUUCAGAUUGUUUUAAAACUAAAAGCUAUUUAAAACCAUGUAAAAUAUUUAUUUCAAUGGAUAAAAAUUAGUUGCAAUGGUAAUAGGGUCAUCUGAAAGUAAGGUCCGAUUUCAUAACAAAUAUUUAAAAUAAUACUGCACUUAUCUUUCUAUGAAUAUCAUAUAUGUAUAUGGAACGUACCUUCCUGUCAAAAACCCAAAAACCGGGUAACUAAUCAUAUUUCGCAGCCGGCGGGUUGAUUAAUUGUUUUGAACAUUGUAAAUUUUCACAAUCAACAUCAACCUACAAUACAAUGGUUUCACUGCAAAUGGCGUCGGUCCGUACGCAAGGCAUGCCGGGAGUCGGCGCGCAUGCGCAUUGCGCUGUUUGCUCGCCGCUCGAAUAGUUACCGCGAAUUUCGAAUUACCUCAGUAGUAAUUUAAUCAUUUUUGCUAUAAUAACCAAACUCAGUAAACUCUACAUUUCUAUAACUCAGUUGAUGUUUGGUCAAAGAAAUUACUACUUCCAGUUUGCCAUUCUCCAUCAAGACAAAAGACUUUUUUAAUUGCCUACAAAAACGAAAAUCUGUUUACUUUACAGUAAAUACCAAUGGUUUCACUGCAAAUGGCGUCGGUCCGUACGCAAGGCAUGCCGGGAGUCGGCGCGCAUGCGCAUUGCGCUGUUUGCUCGCCGCUCGAAUAGUUACCGCGAAUUUCGAAUUACCUCAGUAGUAAUUUAAUCAUUUUUGCUAUAAUAACCAAACUCAGUAAACUCUACAUUUCUAUAACUUAGUUAAUGUUUGGUCAAAGAAAUUACUACUUCCAGUUUGCCAUUCUCCAUCAAGACAAAGGACUUUUUUAAUUGCCUACAAAAACGAAAAUCUGUUUACUUUACAGUAAAUACCUCUCCUAGAACAUUAUUCCCGGAAAAGCCACUGACUGGUCAAGCCAUAUCAAGUGAUAAAACUAUCCUAUUAGGGCUGGCUCUUUUUGAACCUGAAUGACUAUUUUCUUAAAACUGAAACUUGUAAUAUAAUAUAUUGGUGGUAUAAAAAACAAGAAUAUUUUAUUUGUAUUUUUAUAAAAGGUCAUAACAAUAUUAAAAUAUCAUAAAUAUUUAAACUUCUAAUCUUGAUUUUACAGUAUUACUCCUUUUAUAUGUAUAUUUAUUUAUUUGAUAUUUAGUUAACCACUGUAAUUUCUAUGAGAGCCAUCAAGUAGUUAUCAGAAUGGAAAGAACUUUCUUAUAGAAGUAAAAACAUAGUAAUGCUACAUUUUAAAAGUGGAAAUAUUUAAACAAAAUGUACUUUGUUCACUAUUAUAGUUGAAAAAUAUAUGUUUGUCAUUUUAAUUUUUAGUAUUUAGGCUGAUAAGAUUUACAUUAAGGAAUUUCUUCUUUCUU